UUAGUAACUAGUCAGUGUAUUCAUGCAGGUCUUUCUCAGCUGGUAAAAACACAGCGGGUCGUCAUAGUAACCCUGGGAGAAGAUGCUCACUUCAGCUGCAGACUCAUGAAACCCAGAGACAUCCUGCAAGUCACCUGGCAUAAAGAGACACCAAGAGGGACUGAAAAUGUGGCCUCCUACAACAGUUUUGGUCCAUUAGUCAAUUCACGUUUUCAGAAGGUGGUGUUUCAAGACAUGGGACUGCAGAAAUGCUCUAUUAUCAUCAGAGAAGUAUCUAGAGAAGAUGAGGGCUGCUACCAGUGUCUGUUUAAUUCAAACCCAGAUGGAGCUGUCAUUGGAAGGACAUGCCUACAAGUUAAUGAGCUGUAUGGACCCACACUCCUAGUUACACAAACCAAUGACAGCAACACCCUAUUCUCUGGGUUUACUGUCUCCUGCUCUGCCACGGGACGACCUGCUCCAAUAGUGGCCUGGAAGGUCACAGAACACUUUUUGGACUCUUCUACAGUCAAUGUCAACCAUCCCAAUGGAACUGUUACUGUCACCAUAACUUCAGCAAUGGCAGUUCCCUAUGAAGAUACUAUGGUUGGUUGUGUUGUCUCAUAUGGCAAGGUCACCAAGGUGGUUACCAAGGAGACUCCCGCUAAUUCAUCCUCCUUUACUGGUGAUUUUUUUAAAUUGUUUAAAUUAACUACAUCAGGAAUCAUCAUCCUUUUAUUUUUUUAAAAGGCUUUUUGUGGUCUGUGUCCAUUGGAGAUAUAACCUACUAAGUAAUGAGAUUAUUUAAAACACUCAGGAAUGAACAUUGGGUAACAGGAAGUGAGGAAAAGAAGGGUUCAAUUCUGGCAGAGGGAUACAGUGAGUGUCAGGU